AUGCCAGUAUAUCAGGCUGUGGGAAUUACCUGUCCCAAAGACACUCUACCAGUAGAGCCCUCGGGCCAGUGCCAGUUGGAAUGCAAGACACAACUUUUCUGCAGGUGUGUAUCAAUUAUACAGGCAGUCUUAGCAAGCCUAGUUGGUGUGACAACAGUACUGAGCUGUAAAGAUGUUAUGUAUGACAGACAUUGGCCCGUAUCACUGUACCCAUGGUUUGGUGUCCAGUAUUUCUAUUAUGAUACCUGGGCCAUGUAUAAAUCAUAUGUCCACACUCACGCAGAAGACUUCGUAGGGAAGUCAACCAAACAGUCAGUUCAGUAUUUCAUAAGCAGGAGGCCACUUAUGGUGUUCCAUCACGUGGGACUUCCUCUUCUGUAUUUUCCUGUUUUAGUUUAUUUCAGGAAAGGAAUUGGAGAUUUCUUUGUUGGAAGUUUCUACACGUCUGAACUUGCAGUCCCCUUUAUUUGUAUGAGGGUAGUCUUUAUUCAGCUGGGAAUGAAAGAUAGCAAACUUUAUUUGAUCAAUGGAUGGGUCAUGAUUAUCAUGUUUUUUACCUGCAGAGUCUUGAUCUUCCCAUUUAUGUACUGGAAAUAUGCACUUCAGUAUGACAUUCCAGUAUUACAUGUGCCAUUCAGGAUUCCUAUGAAAUGCAACCUGUCAUGUUUGGGCUUAAUGAUCCUUAUGCUGUACUGGACAGGACUGAUGGCAGUGGGUGCUUAUAAACACCUUAGGAAAUCAAAACCACGUAAAAUCGGUGCCAAAGAGAACUAGAUAUUAUCUCAGGGUUAAUGUGUUUGUUCCCAUUUUUCAUACCACAUUUACUCAAUUAUUAUGUUACUUUGAUAGAUGCUUAUAUGUUCUCUUGUUGGACAAAUAUAUAACAGAGUCCUUAUCUUUACUACGGUGGGACAUAUACUAAAAUUGGAACGAUACAGAGAAGAUUAGCAUUGCCCCUUUACUCUAUGAAAAUAGGGUUGGGAUUAGUAGCAAUGAAUGCUAUAAACCAUAAAAAUUACUAUAUCAGCCUGAUUGCUCAAUAACAAAAACCAUUAAAUGUUUUAGUACUUUAUUAUCAUUUUUUUGUGAUUUUUCAUGUGAAUCAAAACUUGUAUUAUGUAUAUUUUUAUUUAUGUUUCAUGUACAUCAAUCUAAAGAGAAGUUCCUGUUCAAAAAUGUAAUGCAAAGUCAAGAUAUGCACAAAACAGUCGGAGAAAUUAUUUCCUAGCAAGGAUAUUAAAAUCUCAUUGUAUUAUGUUGCAAUAUUUUUUAAAAAGUUUUUAAAAGGAUGAUUGAGGAUUAUUUUAAUACUUAAUUAUAACUUGCUGUUGUCUGUUAUAUUAUUUACUUAUUUAUCUAUUUUUUAAAUAAAGGGUUUUUUGAAGGAC